ACAUUGGCAGUUGGCACACCGGAAACAAGCACAGCACAGCUCAUAUGUUUCACAACCUGCAUAAAUUCAGCCAGCCAUCUUUUGUGGAAAAAUCAUUUGUUUCGUGUCGUCAGGGUACAUUUCUUAAUUGUAAUUAAUGUCAGAGCCACAGUCUUCGCUUUUAUUAAAAAAGCAAUUAGCAGAAUUGAACAAAAAUCCAGUGGAAGGUUUUUCUGCUGGGUUGAUAGAUGACAAUGAUAUUUACAGAUGGGAGGUACUCAUUAUUGGUCCUCCAGAUACAUUAUAUGAAGGUGGAUUCUUUAAAGCACAUUUACACUUUCCAAAAGAGUAUCCUUUAAGACCACCUAGGAUGAAAUUUGUUACUGAAAUAUGGCAUCCAAACAUUGAAAAGAAUGGAGAUGUCUGCAUAUCAAUAUUGCAUGAGCCGGGAGAUGACAAAUGGGGCUAUGAGAAAGCUUCUGAGAGGUGGUUACCAGUACAUACAGUGGAGACAAUACUCAUUAGUGUUAUCUCCAUGUUGGCUGAUCCCAAUGAUGAAAGUCCUGCUAAUGUUGAUGCUGCAAAAGAAUGGAGAGAGAGAUAUUCGGAUUUCAAAAAGAAAGUUGCCCGAUGUGUUAGGAAAAGUCAAGAAGAUUGUUUUUAGGAUUGAACAAAAAGUAACAACAGAUUGUCAUGUUGGGAAAGGGCCACAUGACGCGGGCCACAAACAUUCAAUUGACAUAUGAUUUAACAUUAGGUUGCACACACUAGUUGCCUCCAAACAAAACUGAAUAUAAGUAGCAGUGUGCUCAUUCUAUUUCUUUUUACAGAAAGAAUGGAGAGAGUCAUAUUCGGAGUUUAAAAGAAAAGUAGCACAGUGUGUGAGAAAGAGCCAAGAGGAUUGUUCUUAAAUAACAGUGCCCUUUUUAUUUAUUUAUUUGGAUAGUGAGUGUUUGGUGGUAAAGUUUGUAUGUCUUUGCAAGUUGCGAAGCGUCACCACAACUCAGUGUGAGCCCCACCACCCGGGCCAGAGACAAUAUUGAAAUUGAUUUAAAUAAUUAUUAUAAUAAAAUGGUAUCGCUGCCGUAUUUUAUAAAUAAUAAAUUAAAGGUAGAACUCGAGGUCUUUUUCAUCUUUUUUAAGACAUGUUAGCUAGCUAUUGUUAUAAUAAUAAAAUGGUGUAUGAUAUUUUUUUUUACAGAAAACAAAUCUCAAUCAUUAUAAUAUAAUACAUUGUCGAUCUCCUUAUAGUAAAACCAAAUUGAUAAAGUAAUUUAAACAUUAUUUAUUAGUAGCUGGAAAUGUAUAUUUUAGACAUUGCUAUGGAAAAAGUUGAAAAUUGUGUCAAGCAAUUUAUCUGUAAUUUUUAGUUACCUUAAUUUUUGCAAUUAUUGUGCAAACCGAGCAUUAAACUUUGCUUGUCUGUGAAGCAGAUUUUCAACUGGUUAAUUCCUUAUGUAAUUCAAACAGUUAUGUAAAAUUUUAAAUUUAUCAUUUGUACUAUAAUAUCUUGCUCACUGUGCUAUAAUAUCUUGCUUAUAUAAUCCUUUUUGAAUUAAAUAAGGAUAUUAUUAACCUGUGUUAAAAAAAUGCUUGUACAAAUUCUCACAGGUUAUUGCUCGGCCUAUGGUGGUCCCAUAAAAGUAUGUGGACAGAUCAAUAUAUUAUAGCCAUCAUUUUUUUUUGUAAUGAAUCUUAGUGAUAAAUAUAUUCUAAACAUUAUUUCAAAUAAAAAAUGAAAGUUUUGUAAAAGUAUCUUUUUAUAUAAUUAUGAACCUUGCCCAUAUCUUGCACUGCCCAUGCCCAGGAUCAGUGCAUGCACUUGAGAUGUUAAAUGUAAUGAAAGUAUUUAUCUAAUCUGAAUAAAGUAUUAAUUCAGUUGCCACAGAUCGAUGAUGCACUGGUGAAUGUUGGUGGUACCGAUGUUUCACCUUUGCCAAGGGUUCUUUAGGUACUCUGCACCUAUGUGUAUUGGCCCUAGGGCUCUAAUCAAACUCCAAUAAUAUUAUAUUACAUACAUAUAUUUAUAUAGGUUAUAAACUGUUUGAAAUUUGGCAAGAUCUAGGUAUAAUAAUGAAACAUUUUUUUUAACAAAUGUGGCAUAAUUGCACUCAUUUAGAAUUGCAUAUAUACAUUUCAUAUUUUAAUUUAAAUAGUAAAUAUAAUACUAGAUCAAAUAUCAAUAAUACCAAUGGUUCCUCUGUAGAUUGGAAUAACCUAACCUUCAAAAUAAAUAAUAAUGUAAUAUAUAAUUGCAAAUGUUUAUAGUAAUUAUGCCCUGAAAGAUUGAUUUGUGAAGCAUGUACAUUAUUUACUUGUAUAUUUUUACUAUAAAAUCAUAAUGCAGUGAAAA